GCGCCGCCACACACCACACCACAUGGCCGAUCUCCACCCCCUCCACCCGCCGGAGCCCGACACCAACGGCGGCGCGGCCGCCGCCUCCGCCUCCGCCUCCGCGCUGCUCAUGCCCGGGGACCCCGCGGCCGAGGCGGCCGCCGCCGCCGCCGCGGCCGAGCCCCCCGCCCCGCCCUACUCCAAGCGCCGCCGCCGCCCCAGCGUCCGCCUCGGCGACAUUGGUGCGCAGGCCACGGCCUCCGACGCGCAGCUCCCGCGCCGCCACCGCAAGCCCUCGUCCCACCCCCGCCCGCCGCGCCGGUCCCACCCGGACGACGCCCUUGACCCCAACGCCCGCGCCCGCCCCAAGCCCGGCCAGCGCCGCCCCCGCACCGCCUGGAUCCCGGCGCCCCACAGGGGCGCCGACGGCUACGAAGACGAGGAGGGCCACCACUACUACGACGACGCCGACCAGUCCGACUCCGCCGCCGCCGCCGCCGCCAGGGCCGCUAGGGUUUCGGGCAGCCGCGAGGCCAGCGUCGACGAGUCCGACGGCGUCGCCGACUGGGGCCUCCCCAACGGCGGCGCGGCCUGCUACGGCGGCGGCGGUGGCGUUAGGGCCUGGCUCGACGGCCUCGGCCUCUCCCGGUACGCUCCCGUCUUCGAGAUCCACGAGGUGGACGACGAGGUGCUCCCGCUGCUCACCCUGGAGGACCUCAAGGACAUGGGCAUCGGCGCCGUCGGCUCCAGGAGGAAGAUGUUCGCCGCCAUCCAGAAGCUCCGCAGCAGCGACACCGUGUCCUGAGUUGGCUUGCAGGACUGCAAGCUCACCGAUUCUCAGAAAUACAAAAAAGGAAAGAAGAAGGAGAAGAUGAUCCAGUCAACUGGCUAACGGCAUAAAAGGAAUGCUAGUGAUGAAUGUCGGGGAGGGAGGCUGAGAUGGUUGCCGCUGAUUACUCUGGCAGGGUGGCAGCAAAUGUGCCCUGUCCAUGCCGCUGGGGCUUGAUAGCGCCACAAUGGCAGGCCAGGCACGGAGGUCAAGGUAACCAUUGGAAUGUUUUGUUUGCAUGUAAGCAUGUAUGUUUUGGAUGUAAGGGGCUUACCUGAUGAUGAUCGUUGGUCCUUGGGUGAAUUCUGUUCGGCACACCAGGAUGAAUGAAAUGAAGGUGGGUCUGGCAUGAGGGUAUCGGUAAGAGGGUACUCUGGUAGCCAGGGUGACUUGCCCAUGGAACCGCCGGAUGCCGCUCUGUGGGCAGAGAACCCGGCUGCCAGGGGAGGUUCACAGGCAAAUCAUCCUUGGCUAUCGAAGAUGGCCUCUUACCCCCAUGCAAGACCUCCCUCGCAUGUGUCCUGUU